AUGCUCACGGACCUGAGUUCAAUCCAUCGUAAUAUUCUGCGCACAGAUGUCCUGCCACUAGAGAAGACCAGCGACGCUGGAGGUCUUGCUGAAAGGAUCUGUGUUCUUGUUCUACUUCUCACGUCGUGGGUUUCCUUCCUCCUACGAUUCUACGCUCGAGCAGCUAUAAUUCGAAGCUUAGGGUGGGAUGAUUUGGCACUUGGAGUGACCUUGCUUAUCUAUACUGUUUAUGGCUGUGCAACUUAUGUUGUAAGCAAAGCAAUAUCAGGCCACGGCUAUCUUCUGCCAAGUGAGAUUGAUAAACUAACACGUAAGAAGUGGUUCAGAGUGGCUGAAGUUUUAUACAUUGCUUCGAUGUUGAUGCUAAAGAUCUCAGCGGGCAUCUUUUUCCUUCGAAUCGUCGUUAGUAGAUACCAACGUCAAAUACUAUACUGCACCAUCAGCGUUGCAACCGCGUUCAAUCUGGCUUACAUGAUAUUUAUAAUCUUCCAAUGCGGCCCUCCCAGAAGUGCUGCCACAUUUCUUCUCCUCAACUUUGAAAAGAAGUGCACAAGUUCAAGUAGCCUUCUGGGGAUGUCGUAUACCGCGGCGGCUAUCUCUGCGCUUACGGAUCUCAUAAUGGCACUUCUCCCAAUCAAACUUCUGUGUCAAUCGCAGAUGUCCACGCGCGAAAAAUUAGUCGCCGGACUACUUUUGGCGCUUCCCACAAUGUAUGUCGUCUUGAAUUUUUGGUGUGAGAACUGA